AUGGCCUCCACUCUUCAGCCUUCCACUCAGGUGGGGCAACUACCACGAGCGAGGUGGACAAAAUUUGGGGAGUUGGCUCUUGGGGCUAAUUCUACUGCACCAGAAGAGGCUCGAGAAGUAGGGCCGCGGUUGAAUUAUUCACUGCUUAGCAUAUCUCCAAGUGCAUCAGACGCAACACCAGCCGGCCUGGAUAUCCAGAGCAAGAGCGAGAGCGGUCCUGACCCAACAUUCCGACCGGCAUCCACAUCUGAUGAUUUCCAGGUUUCAACACUAGUUGGUAACGCGUUCGAUACAUCGAAUGUUGAAACUUCUCUUGGAAUGCCCGCAUCGAAGACAUUGGUAAUUGAGCUACCACAGUCCACAUUGAUUAAUCCCCGUUCCCUUUUCAGUGGCUUCGAACCCGAUGCUCCUACACUCAAGGAAGCUGAAGCCGUCUCAACUUUACUCCAAAUACUCAAGCACCAGAAUCAUGAUUUGGGCGAUUUUAUCGAGUUCGAGCUUUCCAAUUUCACGAUAUACAUUGACAGCGUAUUGUAUCCCAGCGAAUUACGACCAUUACAACAUCUGGCUACCCGUGCGGCAUCUGAUAAGUUCUUUUUCGACGGUAUACUAGGUGUCGGAGACAAGAAGUACUUUGUAAAAAGGGUACCUUUUCGCGAACUUCCCAUUGGCAAUUACUGCGACGUUGAAGAACAUUCUGUCGGUGACCAGGUAUGGAUUCGAUCCGAGGUCAAUCAGAACGAUGAGGUAUACUACAAACUGGGGCGUCCAUCCCCAGAAUACGAGCGGUUCUGGGUGCCAUUCCUUUGGAUUGCGAAUCUGACAAAACAUGUUGUGGAUUAUUGCUUUUACCUUCUGAAGAAAAGGCGACGGGCAAGACUCGAGGACUUUCGAUCAGACUUCGCUGCCUACAUCACCAGUAGGCACAAAAGGUCACCUGCUUUCCAGCAGUGGUAUCGUGCUCAUCAUUCCCACGACUUCCGUGCUGCUAUUGUUGCUAACAUCGGUUUCAUAUGGAAGGAAGCUUUUGGGCUGCCUCUUCCCGAUAGAAACAUAGCCAGUUGGCAUGACUUCUGGGGUGAGAUCAAAGGAAACGCAUAUACGCCAAUGAUUCCAGCUUCUGGCCCGAUUCCGGAUGGGGAACGCAUGGCUGAAGACAGCACCACAUCCGACGGGGGCACGAAGCACAAACAGAAGACGACCGACAAAGAAACAGUCGCCAAAACGAUUGUUACACCGUAUAUCUACGAUCUUUUCAGCCACAUGGGCUUAAGUGCUAUCAUGAAACCAGUCACACCUACUGAUACAGUGCACAUAGACAACCUUCAGCAGAUUCGAAUCACCAGUACGCGACAGCAGAGAUUCCACCAAGGAAGCAAUCGGUCUAGAGACGAUGAGGAUUUCCUUCUGAAAAUAGAAGCAGGGGACUUAAUCUCGACGCCUCCUGACCACGAAAACACUGGGACCAAGUGGAAGAGGGAGACGUCAAAACAUCACGAUAGUGACCAUGUUUGGUAUGGAAUGGUCCAAUUAGUACAUAUCUCACCUCAAGGCCGAAGAUCCUUCGAUGUAAUUUGGAUGUACCAGGCCAGGGACACACCGUGCGCAUUAAUGAAGUAUCCUUGGUCGAAUGAAUUGUUCUUGUCAGAUACUUGCACGUGCGAGACAGCGCGUGUCGAAGAGGAGGAGGUUCUUGGCACGCAUCGGGUUGCAUGGUUCGGAAACCCGACUUCGACCAUAUCCGACAACUUGUUCGUGAGACAGACGUAUUUGGCCGGGGAGCGUUGCUGGGUAGCACUGGACGAGGAUCACUUGACAUGCAACCAUCAUAACAAGAUCAAGCACACUGGAUCUGAGCGUAAGUACCAACUAGGGGAUACGGUACUGGUGAAACUGCCGAAGUCGGAUCGGCUCGAUGCCUUGGUUGUCGAGCGCAUCUACAAGGGAAACCGGAAGAGAUGGGUCAGACUUCGUCAACUACUUCGUCGAAACGAAAUGGACAGCACCAAAUCUUAUAGGCCGAAUGAGCUCGUGUACUCUGAUCAGCUUGUGGAGAUCGAGGUUGAUAGAAUCGCUCGCCGUUGUUUGGUCAGAGCCUUCAUGCCUGCGGAGGAGAUUCCUUGUCCAUAUGACCGGGGAGGCACUGGCGAUGUAUUCUAUAUAACGCAUCGGACUGGAAAGAACGGUCAACUCGUGCCAAUAGAAGACCCGGAUUGUCUGGACAUCCGACAAGGAUUCCAACCAAGUGUCACCCCAUCAAUCGGCAAGUUGCGCGGCUUGGAUUUGUUUUGCGGAGGAGGUAAUUUUGGCAGAGGAAUUGAAGAUGGAGGUGCGGUCUCGAUGAACUGGACUAAUGACAUCUCUUCCAACGCCAUCCAUUCUUAUAUGGCAAAUUGCGAUCGAAGCAUCUGCAAACCUUAUUUGGGCUCGAUAGACGAUCUCCUCGAGUGGGCGUUGAACGGAAACGUCGGUGUCCCGAAGCCGGGAGACGUACAAUUUAUCUCGGGUGGGUCUCCUUGCCAAGGCUUCUCGCGGCUUACAAAAGCCGAGGAUCAGAAAACGCUUAAACAAUACAAGAAUCGGUCUCUCGUCGCUUCUUUUGCUUCAUUCGUGGAUUUGUAUCGACCGCAGUACGGACUUCUGGAGAAUGUGGGGUCCAUGGUUAAAGCCCAGGACAAGCGAGAAGACUGCUUCUUCUCUCAGAUCGUUUGCGCCAUUGUUGGCCUGGGCUAUCAAGUACGUAUUGUCUAUGCUGGUGCCUGGACGUAUGGUGCGCCGCAGAUGCGAAGUCGUGUUUUCCUCAGCUUCGCUGCGCCAGGAGUCAAAAUGCCGAAGGCACCACGUCCCACACAUUGUCAUCCACCAGGCACCAUGAUGGGUACUCUUGGGAAAAUGUCAAAUGGUCAGCCAUUUGGUGAAAGAGUGCGGUUACCAACCCCGUUCAAAUUCAUGAGCGCUCUAGAAGCAACCGAAGACCUCCCUGAUAUUCGGGAUGCGAAGGUGGACUACUGUAUUGGCUUUCCAGACCAUCGAAUUUCCAUUGGCUGCACGCCGCGGAUUCGAGGUCAAAUGUUCCAAAUCCCGAUCCAGCCAUAUGGAAUGACCUUUGCGAAAACGUUUUUCGGGUAUGAGAAGGACGGAAUUCGCGUGGCUGGCGCCAUAUCAACUGCUGACCGAGAUUUCUUCUUUCCUAACCCCAAAGAGCAGCGAAUGCAACCAGGUAGUAAAGGUUGGGGUCGUGUCCACCCUCACAGUUUGUUCCGCACUGUUGUUACGCGCUGUGGUCCUACUGAUAACCGGACCGGUAUCGUGAACCACUGGCACCAGCCGCGCCCAUUGACUCUGCUCGAAGUGCGCAGGGCGCAAGGUUUUCUCGAUCACGAAGUCAUCACGGGGACACCCUCACAGCAAUGGCAUAUCGUGGGCAACAGUGUAGCCAGGCAGGUUGCCUUGGCACUCGGCCUGACGAUUCGUGAAGCUUGGUUCGGUACGCUUUAUGACCAGCCUCUUCCGGAUUCUAUCACUAAAGGGGCACCUGGAGAUUUUCUGGGUAUCACCGAGAAUAUCCCUAACUCUGAACGUCUAGGUCAGAUAUUCGAGAUUGAAGGCAUGCUCCAGGGUUAUCACUAUCCAUCUUCCGAGAUAAUGAACGACCCGAUAUCUACACCUGAAACGAGUGUGGGCGACCCAUUGGAGGGACGUCUCAAGUCGCUAGGGCAAAAGCGGGUGCGCCUGAAGCGGCUGAAAUCGCUACUUGCUCCCCGAGGAAUGCCUGUCAAGAAGCUACUCACAUUCCCAACUCUGACCGUGACUGGAUGUGGUGUAUAA